AGGGGCGGAGGUGCAACCUACUGACUGCACCCUCCAGCCUGCUAGCAGUGUCUGGCCCGACCGUCCCGGGAGAUGCUGCUCCCGCGGUGGCAGUUGUCACGCACGCCUCCGCCAGCUCCACCGACGAAGUGCAGGGUGUCAGAGGGCGCUCCGAAGUCGGGCCAUGCAGUCGGUCGCGGUCCUACAGGCCGUGCUGCUGGUGGGGCUGCUGGCGGGGCUGCGGGGCACGGAGGGUCGCCUGCUGAGCGCCUCGGACUUGGACCCUAGAAGAGGGCAGCUGGUCUGCCGGGGAGGGACACAGAAGCCUUGUUAUAAAGUCAUUUACUUCCAUGAUACUUCUCGAAGACUUGACUAUGAGGAAGCCAAAGAAGUUUGCAGGAGGGAUGGGGGCCAGCUAGUCAGCAUCGAGUCUGAAGAUGAGCAGAGACUGAUAAACAUGUUCAUUGAAAACCUCUUGGCAUCUGAUGGUGAUUUCUGGAUUGGGCUCAGAAGGCAUGAAGAGAAACAAAGCAAUAGUACGGCCUGCCAAGAUCUUUAUGCUUGGACUGAUGGCAGCACAUCAAAAUUUAGGAACUGGUACGUGGAUGAGCCUUCCUGUGGCAGCGAGGUCUGCGUGGUCAUGUACCAUCAGCCAUCAGCACCAGCUGGCAUUGGGGGCCCCUACAUGUUCCAGUGGAAUGACGACCGAUGCAACAUGAAAAACAAUUUCAUUUGCAAAUAUUCUGAUGAAAAAUCAACAGCUCCUUUUACAAGGCCUGGAGGUGAGGGAACAGAGCCAGAAACACCCAUUCUUCCCAAAGAAACAGAGAAAGAAGAUGCCAAAGAAACACUCACAGAAAACAAAGGAGCUGCCUUGAAUCUUACCUACAUCCUAAUCCCAAGUAUUCCUCUCCUCCUACUCCUCGUUGUGGUCACCACAGUAAUAUGUUGGGUUUGGGUCUGUAGAAAGAGAAGACAGGAGCAGCCAGACCCUAGCACAAAGGAACAACACACCAUCUGGCCCUCUCCUUACCAAGAAAUCAGCCCAGAUCUAGAAGUUUACAACAUCAUAAGAAAACAAAGUGAAGCUGACUUAGCUGAGCCUCGUCCAGAUCUGAAGAAUAUUUCAUUCCGAUUGAAUUCAGGAGAAGCCACUCCCAAGGACACAUCUUGUGACUAUGAAAACAUGGCUGUGAAUCCUUCAGAAAGUGGGUUUGUCACUCUGGCCAGUGUGGAGAGUGGAUUUGUGACAAAUGACAUUUAUGAAAUUUCCCCUGACCAAAGGGGAAGGAGCAAGGAGUCUGGAUGGGUGGAAAAUGAAAUAUAUGGUUACUAGACACUGGGGAAAAACUGAACUGACAAAAGUAGGAAAGUCAUGAAAAGCAAACUUUUCCUACUUUCUAUAAGGAGCUAGAAGGUCUAUGCAAAUGCUCAGAUCAGGUCCUGAGGGUGAGCAUGUGAUCCCCACUAUCCCCUGUUGGGUCCCUAAGUUUUGCCUGCAUUCCUUAUCCCAGCUUCUCACUUAGCAGGCUCAGCCUCAUGAGAAACCACCUUUGUCAAGGUUGGGCAUAUAAUAGAAUCUCAAUAAAUGUCAGUGAGUUGGCUUCCUCUGACUCUCAAGGGGCAGUGCUUUAACUGGCAAGGAGAAGGGUUGUGAAUGGUGGAGCUUGGAAAGCUAGGUUCUGUUUUCCUUGUUCUGUAGAGCAGUACACAUAAUCACAAAGAGACAGAAACCACAAAAUCUUUUCAAAAUCUUCUCUGGUAGCCUCAGGAUGGCCUACCCAUCAGCAAUUCUCACAUGUGGGGUUUUUGUUUUUGUUUUUUUCAAAGAAUAAAAUCAAGUAAAAAGCAGGAAGUAGAAUAUUAGUCUGUAUUUCUAUAGCCCUUUCUCCUUUCUCCUGACAUCUUAACUUGGUAAUACUUUUGAAGCUAAAAAUGAAAUUUGCGUCUCUUUUUCUAGGUUUAUUUAUACUCCCACCCUUGAUACUACACAUUGUUCUGCUUGCAUGUUUUACUGCAGUAUUGACAUAUGACUUAUAAUAAUCCUACAUUUGUUUUAGGGACUUGACUAUUUCAAACACUUUUACUCCCAAAUCCAGAGGGAAGUUUCCCGGCCUAGCACCAAUCAUGCACACUGUGAAGGCCUGAAAGCCAUUAUUUAAAUCAAUACCCAUCCCCCUCUAUCAGCUUGAUAAUCUUGU